UCCACUUCCGGGACCGGCACCUUGACGAGCACCUUGACGAGAACGGUCUCUGCCGAGUACGGAAGCUGCAGCCUGACGAGAAUCCCGUCGAUGGAACAGUGCCAAUCAGGAACCCUGACGAGGGUACCAUCCUCCGAGCAAUACCCAUCCGGGAUGUCAGGAUCCGACCAGUACCAUUCCGGGACGCUGAAGGGGAUCCCAUCCCCUGAUCUGUACCAGUCCGGAACCCUAACGAGGGUACCAUCCUCUGAUCAGUACCAAUCAGGGAUACCAACGUCCGACCAGUACCAUUCCGGAACCCUAACAAGGGUACCAUCCUCUAAUCAAUACCAAUCAGGGAUGUCAACAUCCGACCAGUACCAUUCCGGGACCCUGAAGGGGGUCCCAUCCCCUGAAUUGUACCAGUCUGGAUCCUUAACAAGGGUACCAUCCUCCGAUCAGUAUCCAUCAGGGAUGCCAACAUCCGAGCAGUACCAUUCCGGGACCCUGACGAGGGUACCACCCGAGCAAUACCAACCCGGUACCAUGGGGUCUUCCGACGAGUAUCAACCUGGGAACCUCACCAGGGUACCAACGUCCGAUCGGUACCAGGUCAGGGUACCAUCGGCGGAUCGGUACCAGGGGACUCUCACCAGGGUAUCCUCGGCUGAUCGGUACCAAACGGGUACCUUGACCAGGGUAACGUCCUCCGAUCAGUACCAAACUGGGAACUCGUCUAGGGUUCCUGGUGCCGAAUCCUAUCCUGGACUCUCCAGCUCGGAAUCCCUCCAUAGUAACCUCAACCGAGUUCCGUCCUUGGAACGGAGCAGGACGGAAUGCUGCGUCCUGGAGAGAAUACCGUCCGAGCAGCACUUGAGUGCGCUCAGUAGAAUACAGGACCAGAGUCUCGGCAGAACGGAUCAGAACCCUCUCGAUCGGUUGCCGUCCGAAUACCAGAACCCGAUCGCCUCCGGAGAUCCCGGUGCGAGAUUGCCGAGCUCGGAGCACUAUCAGAACCUAAGAAUAGAGGGCCUCACGAGGUUGCAAGAGCACCGGAUCGAGCUCCAACAUCGACUGGACAUCCACAGGACAAUGGACAUGCCGCCAUCGCCGUCGCCGAGUAGCAGAAGUCUCGCUCCUUUCAGUUCUGCGAGUUCCAGCCUCUCCGAAGGCAGCAACCAACCUUCGGGCGAAGAUUCGGCUAGCAUCGUCACAGACAAAAGUCUCGGCGACACAGCCUCGGAUGUCAUCAGUGACAGUUCUGGAGUUGGCACUUCGCAGUCGGACACGACUAAUUCCUUGUCAAUCCCAGGAACGACCGUAGUUUGCGUAGAGAGCUACAAUUCCGGAAUCCUGGGACACCUGACCAUCAAUCAAGGUGACAUCCUCGAAGUGACUGGUGCCACGGAUUGCGGCCUUCUGGAAGGCAUUCUUCGAGGCCAGGGUACCGGUCUAUUUCCUGCUCAUUGUGUGCAAGAAGUUAGACUUCGCCACACAAAUAUCCCGUUGGGUCCACAGCCAGCCAGGGACGGUAGGAAUCGAGUUUUGGGUCGCAGGGAGUCGCAACACAAGUACUUCGCCACUGCACCUAGACUGAAGAAACCUGUCACAUCCGAGCCUCGCACCGUAGUCCUCCAUCGCUCCAGGAAGGGCUUCGGAUUCGUAUUACGUGGUGCCAAAGCAACUUCACCGUUGAUGGAGUUGACCCCUUCGGCAAGAUAUCCAGCCUUGCAGUACCUGGACGACGUCGACCAAGGAGGAGUCGCCGACCUCGCAGGGCUGAGGAAAGGAGAUUUCCUGAUCCAGAUCAACGGCGAGAACGUGACGACGGCGUCCCAUGAACACGUAGUGGAUCUAAUUCGGAAGUCCGGAGAGCUGGUCAGGAUGACGGUGGUCUCGCCAGUGAUAAGUCUUCCUAACUCGCAAUCGGCAGCGGCAUUGCCGACUAGUCAACCUAUCCAGAGGCAAUACGCAACCCUACCGAGGAAGGGCAACAAUAACGUCGCCAUUGGCGGUACCCUGGGGAGAUCACCGGCACCGGCUCCACCUCGAAGAGACCCCAAGACGACCCUGAGUGUCGGAAGAGCAAGGGCCAGGUCCAUGGUAGCCGGAUUAGAAGGCGGAGGCGAGAAGGACGACCGCGACGAGGUGACGUCCACAGGAGCCAAGUCCAGCAGUGCAGAAUCCAUCCAUCUUCCCCAGCAAUCAUCAACGGGUCCCAACACUGGGCAGAACACUCCGGUCCAACCUAGAACUGCAAGUAUCAGGUCCAGGCCGACAUCCAGCAGGAUCACGGCAGCCGAGCUGGAGGUGAGGAUCCCUUCCCGACGUCCCCUUGCGUCUUACAUCUCCGUUUGCGGCUUCCAAAGGCAGAGCACGGCUUCGGGAAAAAUGCGCUUCGCCUGGACCGGGCCCGAAUGCAUGAUAUUUCAGCAUCGUACUUUCUUCCAGGAACUGUUCCAACGCCAGCAGGGUAGUGCCAGUGGACGGUACGGCUCCUCGAUGAUGAGUUCUCACUUUCAGGCCGGCCAGGCUACCAAGUCUCAUCCUUCUUCGCCAGCCAAGUCUGGCAGAGUGUACGCGAGCGUUGCUGAGAUGAAGCGCAAGGGCAAAUCGAGCUCGAGAGUGCGUUUCUUCGGGGGUCUAGGCGGAGGUUCGGACCUGCACCGGGACUUCCACAGUACGCCCGACCUGAACAUGCAGGUGCAAUCGUCGAGCCUGGUGACAAAGGGUCAUCGAAGCCAAGAGGACGUGAACACCCAGCUGCCCAGGAACGCGUUACCUCCACCGAACCACCCUCCACCCCCGCCACCUGUCGGGCAAGUGGUGAAGGUGAACAUUGGAGCGACGGUCCCGGACGUGGUGACGCCAGCCUCGGUGUACGACAACAUGGCGCACAUCCAGCAGGUGAAAGGUACUUGGAAUAAGAAUCGAGUCCCCCGGCGACGUUCCUGCCAGGACGACCCGCUAUUAGUAACCGGGAACCACUGCUUGCAAGCAGAACUAGCCGCAGCGAGUGCGGAAUCCGCCUACGGGGUGAUGUCGAGCUUCAGGCCGUCGAACAGUGCGAAGCUCUACGCCUCCCCCGAAGACACGAAGACGGUGGGAUACAGGUCUAGAAGUCUGCCGGCGAGCAGGAGCCAGGUCAGGAAGUCUCACAGUCUGAGGACGCCGACCAACGGGGGCGUCUUCAAGGCGGGGGUGCAGCAGAACGGGAACGGCGUGGCCGCCAGCGUUGCCCCGGGUCCAGCGGGGGUUGGUGCAGGAAACGCCCCCACCCUGGAAAAUGGGAGCCAGUCAGGUGCCGGGAAUCAGUACGCGCAGCCCCUCAAGAGCACCAGAGGCAUCUCCGGGGCCAGGGAACGGAAGAAAAAGGUGCCCACCAGCUCUUCCACUUCGAACUUGUCCGCCCCGCCGAUCCCGGAGCCGGAUUACAGUCUAAGCGAGUCGGAGAACGACGAGACGGACGGCGAGUCGGAGAUCGCGAAGGAGCUGGAGAAAGCGGCGGCUCGGGAGAAGCUCGAGUCCGCGAAGGAGACCUCCGGGAACUCGAACACCUCCGGUAGUUCCUCUGGUAGCGGUUCGUUGCCCCACUCUUUCAGCGUGGAGGAGAUCCAAAAGACCCAACAGACCCUCGUGGAAGAUGGCGACAACAGCUCAAGCGGGGUCAGCUCGGACCAGGACGUUCCGGUCGGUCCGCCGACAGGGUUCGAUGAUUCCCGGAACGAGGGGAACUCUCAUCAUAGGAUGACCGGGGAUAAGGAGGCCAAUCCCAAGAGGAUCGGGUACGGCAGUGGGAUGCUUACCAGGCAUGCCGUUAGCUUGGCCCAGUUACCUCCUCCCCUGGAAGCGGAUGCCGAAGAGCAGAACGGAGACCUCUUCGUCCCUCCUCCUCCGGAGUUCAAUGCCGGACCUUCCUCUGGGAACCCCGACGAGCUGGUGUUUGCUCCUCCUCCGCAGUUCUGCGACAAUCGGCAGCAGAACCGGGUCAAGAUCAUCGGGGCCAUUCCUAAAAGCACGGGGAAUGAUCAGGUCAAGCCUCCUAGUGGAAGACUGCACAGUCAGUAGAGCAGGGAUGACGAAGAUGACC